UGGGUGAACAUGGCGCUUACGGAUUCGAGUUGGGAGGCCGAGUUGAUGGAACAGUUCGCCCUGUUGUCCGCCACCUCGGUUGAGGUUGAGAAUAAGUGCGAGACAGACGUUACACAAUUAGACAGUGCCCCAGACACGUUAUUGUUACAUCUGUGCGAUGAAGUCCUCAUGCUCAUUUUGCAAGAGCUGGACCCGGUGUCCUUGCUUAGGGCUGGAAGCACCUGUCGGUUACUGUUUCGACUUGGUUCUUGCAACUCGCUGUGGAAGAAACAUUACCAGGCGUCUUUCGAAAUACAGUUCCCCACAGCCACGUGCCUCUUGUCCGCCAAGAAAGCCUACUCUCUCCUCGUCAUGUGGAGAGCCUUGUUCAAGAGCUUGCACUGUAAUCGGUCCCUCCAAGAGAAGCUGUUCGGAGAGAUUCCCAAUCCCCCACAGAAGUACUGGAUCCAGUGGUUGGUAUUGGAGGAAACCGUGCCGCUGCCCUCUGUCACCUUGCCAUGCGUCGACAUCGAGUCAUUAUGGGGUGUCUCGCAAGAAGUGCUGGAAUUCAAGUUCAAGGAGAAGUCUGAAGAAGGCGACAACAUGAGCUUCGAGUGGAAAGAAUUGUAUGACAUGGCAGUGGAGCACCACGGGAGUCUGAAGUUGGUGUUUCAGCAUGUUCUCAACCAACAGAGCACAAAUGAUCACACAGAGCUGGAGUCCAUGCACCGCCAGUACUCCCAGUGCCGCUUCCAGUGGCUCUUAACCUACUGGCUCUUCCGCCAGCCCACGCCACUCGACCGCCAGCUGCGCUCCAUCUUCCUACAGUGGCGCUCGUACCGCAAGAGCAAGGUGGCCGCCUGGGGCCACACACUGUGCGACACCCACUACCUGGCCUCUCUGCACAGCAUCACCAGCGACUUCUGGAGGGGCAAGCUGGCACGCGGGGACGAGACUGUGGGAAUCCAGACAGUGGACAAUUACUUCUCAAUGUGCAAGUCACUGCUUGCGUGGAUCCUUGGUCGAGACUGGGGGACAUUAAAACGCAAAAAGGUGUACGAGGACACGCUGGAGGGCGUGUACCUCGCGCUGCGGGCAGAGAUGUGGGAGGGGCUUGUGGAGCACGAGCGCUUCUGGCAGGUGGCCAAGCUGCAGAUGAGCCGCGUCUGCACACUGGAGGAGACGGCCGCCAACUACGUCAACUGGAAGAUGAUCGAGAUGCUUCCCUACUACAAGCUGUACCUGGCGACGGGUAACUCCAUCUACCUGGAGCAGGUGAAGGGCUACUUGCGCAGGAAGAGGCUGAUCCACAACUGGCUGUAUCAGGAGGAGACCACCUGGGCCAGGCAGCUGCUGCCUGACCAGCUCUUCUCCCUGCUGGAGUUCGACACCAAGCUCACCCAGGACUGUCUGCAUGGAGACACGGUGCCUGCACAGCUGGGCCGUCUGCUCUGGCUGUACCUGCACUCGGGCCACCAGCUCUACCUGGAGGCGGUGAAGGGGAUGGUGCUGGAGUGUGCCCAUGCCACCCUGGGCUUCUUCACGCACCAGGCCCAGUCCCGUGCCCACGCCCAGGCACGCCUCCUCGCCUCUGGCCAUCACUCUGCCCCCCAUGGGGGCGACCAGCCUUGGCCCGAAGCUGGAAGGUUUUAAUGCACAUCUGGAUUUUUAAUAUACAGGCUUUUAUUGGAAUGGCUUUUUUUCAAAGCAAAGGCUGUAUUUUUUUUGUAAAGGCUUCUGUGUGGGCACUGUUUUUAAAGAUGCAAUUUUAGUGUUUUUAGAUGUGUAAAAAGAGGACUUUUCCAGACAUUUUUUAUAGUACUUGUACAUAUUUCAAAACUGUAAAAUGAACAAGAUUGAAACCAAUGUCUUUUUUUUUCUAGUCUCCAUUUUUACUGUAUAUUCUAGUGAUUUGAUUUCUCCAUGGUGCUUGUAUAUAUGUCCAUUACCAUGAUGCUUGUACAUACAUGUAUAUAUCUUCUCCUGUCAAUCAUGCAUGUGUUGAAUAAUGUACAUAUCUCUGAACGUGAACCAUGAUUUUUGUAAUGUUAGCUUUUUUUCCAUUUAAAUUAAGAAUUAGUUUUGCUCCAUUUUACUAUAGCUUUUUUAGACAUUGGAGUGUGUGUUUUUGUAAUGAUGCUGGUGGUCUGUCUUGGCGGUGGUCCGCUGCAUUCACAUCAUGGGACCUUGAAUGAAUACGGUACUCUUCACCUGCCAUUCAGGAUGACCAAUAAAGCCCUCUAGCGUGUUCAUA